AUGCAGCCGCUCGAUCAGGGUCUGAUCCCAACGAUGAAGUUGCACUACCGCCAAUUCUGGCUCGCUGCGGUCAUGGCUCUGUGGCAGGACGCGGGUGCCACGACCGCCAUGGAGCGCUACCGGCCGAAUAUGCGCGACGUCAUCCUCUGGCUCAGUGAAGCGUCGAUGAAUAUCCCUGUGCGCACGAUCCAGCAUUGCAGGUGGCGCACAGAGUGCAUGCCGCGCUCAUGGGCCAUGGAUCUGGCGCAUGUCGGCUUGGACGGCCUUGCUGCAGUCGGCAACAGCGUAAACGCUGCUCUCCCUAUCGACCUUGACGAGGAUAUCGGGGAUGUUGGCUUGAUGAACGCACGCCUCAGCCUCGGGCCUAGCGCCAUGCCGGCCGCCGCUUUCGUCGCCAUCGACGACGAUCGGCCAACGUGCGCCGAGCCGGGCGAGGACCCGCUCGCCCUUGAGCAUGCGGCGGGAUAUUCGUACGCGUCGUGGGAGGCGCCGACCGCCAUGCAGGUUGUGUACGACGAUGACAAUCCAGAGAGCCGCGAGGCGCGACGCUGUGCACAGGCGGCGAGCGAGAUGCUCGUUGGCUACGCACGUGCUACCGACAUCACGCUGCGCAACCCUUGUGCGUUUUUCGAAAUUUGGAACCCCGUCAUCGUCGACCGCAUGGAGCACACAAGCCCCGCCAUGAACCUGAACACGACGUCGUCGCCCGCUCCCCAGCCUGUCGCGUCCCCUGCAGCCGCUCGUGGGCUGGCAUCUGUCGCCAUCACACCGGCUACCACUCCUCGUCGCCGCGGGCGCAUUCUACCAGCGUGGAUCUGGAAGGCUGGUAUUGGCUGA